GCCAUAGUGUAACUAGGAAGAUAAUUGGUUACUAAGUGAAACGGGAAGAGAAAGAAAUGCAAGGAUGUUCACCAGUUGUCCAACAUAGCUAGCUAAUUUAUAUGAAAAUAAUUUUUGGGAGAAGGAACGUAGACCGGAGGCGGACUGCCAGACCUGUUGUAGUAGGAGCAAGGGGGAGGGCGGAGGGCAGUGGCGGAGUGCGGUGGCGGACGCCGCCUGGAAGAAGCAUAUCAUCGAGGGAUAGCUGCAAUUGGAGAGGUGGUGGGAGGCUGUUUGCUGUCCUGUACAGGGAGAAGUCCCAGCGUGUUUGGGAGAAGUGGGAGGCAGAGUAGGAGAGGAGAGCCAGGGAGAGGCUCAUUCAGGAGAUGGAGCUCAAGAUGCAGGAGAACCGUCAGGCUCAGGAUGAGUCUCUGAGGAGGCGGGGGGGGGGGCUGAUCCAGGAGCUGGCGAGGCAGACCAGACGCCGAGAGGGUGGAGGAAGAGGGCCAAAGGACGGCGAACAGGAACAGCCUGUGUUGACUGGGGUGAAGGAGAGGGAUGCCCAAAGGCUGCAGGAGGAUGAGCAGAGGCUGGAGACUCAUAGGAUGGCCCAGCAGAGCUACCAGGACAAGAUUUGUAGCAGACCUCGAUCAGCCUGGACGUGAGGCCAAAAGACACUCCACAAUCAUGUUUUUAUACAAAUAAUUAUUCUUAAUGGGUUUAAAAUGUGUCAAGUAUUCCUACACCAUGCUUAUAUCAGCUGCUGCAUGUGGUGGUUGUAAAGUGUUACGUAUUUAGCAAACUGGUUUAAGGGUGUUGUAAUCUUGGUGUGGGUUUUUGUUUGUAGGUUUUUCCAUUAACUAAAAUCAUAUUUUCCUUUCUUUGCACAUCAAUAGUCCAUAAGUUGUACAGUACGUGGCCAAAUACAACAUGGCACAAGGUUACAAUUAUAAAUUACGUUUAUUUAAAAAAAUAA